AUGUCGAAGGUCUUGGGAUCGUUUGUUCAAAAAGCCCAGUCUCUGAAAAAUGCACCCUCCAAAUUUUCUAGCGCCGCCGUGGAAGGCAGUCGUCUGAUUCCUUCCAGAACUAAGGAUGCCGAUUUUCAGCUUCGCAUCGAUGCCGGCCAUUACGAUCCAGACUCAAAGAAAGUGAAUGUUGCUUUACAGGUCAAUUCGCAAGCCGAAAGCCCUGUUCUGAAGGAAUGGGUCAAGAAAAAUACGACGCACGCAAACCUCGCAACGUCGGUAUUCGACACUGCUGCUGAAGACAAACAAGCAGAGUACGAGAGGAUGCUGCGAACUUUGAGGCAUCCUUUGUUUCGGGCAUUUCAAAGUCGACUUGGCCGCCCUUCAUCUAUACCGCUUUUCCCCUCAACUGCUUUACCUUCUCGUCUCCAGGCCGCCAGCGGCGCAACGAUUUCGACGGAGAGAAGGAUGGAUACAGAGUUGGAAAUGGAAGUUAAACCUUAUACCUACACAAGUGGUCGCUGGUUGCGGCAGGAUAAAAUGGAGACUGAUUCGCGCUACAUCCAAUUCAGCUUUAUUGCUCUUUGCCAGAAGGUUAUUGAGCUAUGCCCCGAAGCAAAUCACAUAAAGGCUUGUCGAAAAAUUGAAGGGGGCUUCAACAGAGUUUUUAUCUUCACCCUGGACAAUGAGAAGGCUAUCGUGGCAAGACUCCCUUUUCGGUUGGCAGGACCAGCGAAACUGACCACUCUUUCUGAAGUUGCUACAAUUCGCUACUUACAAACGAAGACGAAUAUCCCCAUACCGAGAGUUCUCGACUACAAUGGUGACGCCAGUGAUGAAACAAAUAUGAUCGGCAGCGAAUAUAUAAUCAUGGAACAUGCAACAGGAGUUCCCCUACACGAGAAAUGGCAUAAAAUGGCUGGCGACCAGCAAGUCAGGUGUAUAGAUGCAAUCUACCGGACGAUGAAGGAUAUCGUCGAUUUGGAAUUCCCAGCUUUUGGGAGCAUAUACUUCGAUGAUACUCUUGGACCUGCCAGCAAACAACCCCUAGGUGAUGGCUUUUGUGUUGGGCCUCACUGCGGUACUAGAUACUGGGAUACUAAUGUGGGCGAAAGGAGAUAUUAUCAUUAUGUGAAUAGAAACACUGGCCCAUGGUUGACUAUUGGCGAGUACUGUGAUGGCCUUAUUGACGCUGGUCUGUCACAGGUUCCACCAGUGGAUAUUGAAUCCAAGCGACCGAUCUAUCAUGGAUCGCCUGAAGCGCAUUUAGCUCUUCUUGAGUGUACCCGUCCCGUGCUAAAGCAAAUGGCCACAGAUAGUCGAAUCAGUAAUUCCGCCGCACCGUUAUUGUUCCAUCCGGACCUACAUAUGAGGAAUAUAUUUGUUUCGGAUGACAAUCCUUCCGCUAUCACUAGCAUUAUUGAUUGGCAAGCAGCUAGCAUCGAGCCGGCUUUUUGGUACUCAGACGAGGUUCCAGACUUUGCAGUAGGAAGUGAGAUAUGUGCGAAAGCUUUUGAUCUCUCUUCACAGUUUUUCACACCAAAACUCGCAGGCCCAAGGCUGAUGAAUGAUAACAUUUUUCGUCCAUUCCAUUAUUGUUAUAGAACGUGGAAGGAUGGUGCGGUGGCCUUACACUACGAGAUGACCGAAACUGCCAGACUUUGGAACAAGCUAGGAUUUGAAGGUCAAUGUCCUUUUCCUUUACCCACGCGAGACGAACUUGAGAAACAAGAGAAGGAGUACAGACUUUUUGAGGCGGCACAGAAUCUGCGAACGGAUUUGGCUAGCUUGCUAAAUACGGCGUCAGACGGAUGGGUACCUCCAGAUGGUUGGAAAGCGGCACAAUCAGCCCAGAAGGAGCUCUUUGAUGGAAUGUUGCAGGCUGUUUUGACGAACGCAGGUUCAGAUGAUGAUGAGCCGGUAAGAGAUGAAAUGACGCUGAGGUCAAUCUGGCCAUUCGACAUCGAUGGAUGAGGACAGUAGGGAUCAGAAGGACUAUGUGCAGGAUCUAAUGGAUAUCUGGAAAUCUUUGUUUCAAUACAUCUUCCAAUCAAUAUCUGCACGCCUGUGGCGACAGCUAGCGGGCUUAAGU